AUGGCACCAGGAAUCACUGUCGAACCCGGUACGACAGUUGUGGAGGAACGCAAAGUCUCGAUGUCUCUCGCAGAGGUUACGAGUUCAUAUGAUGAUACUAUAGUCUUUUUCCUUAACGGGUCCAAAGUCACUUUGGAGUCUAUAGAUCCAGAGAUAACAUUAUUGGAAUAUCUACGAGGGAUCGGACUCACAGGGACAAAGCUGGGAUGCGCCGAGGGAGGAUGCGGUGCCUGCACAGUUGUCGUAUCUCAAUAUAACCCAACAACGAAGAAAAUAUAUCAUGCUUCUGUAAAUGCAUGCUUAGCGCCUGUCGUAAGUGUCGACGGUAAGCAUGUUAUAACCGUUGAGGGAAUCGGGAACUCGAAAGAUCCGCAUCCGGUACAAGAACGUAUCGCCAAAUGGCACGGUUCGCAAUGUGGGUUCUGUACACCCGGUAUUGUUAUGAGUCUAUACGCACUCCUACGAAACAACCCCGAACCAUCCCACCAUGACGUUGAAGAAGCUUUCGACGGUAAUCUUUGCAGGUGUACUGGAUAUAGACCCAUUCUUGAUGCAGCGCAAACUUUCAGUGUAGAUGGUUGUGCAAAGUCUACAUCUAACGGUAGCGGUGGGGGCUGUUGUAUGCAAAACGGAUCCGGAGAACGUCCUGCUGGAUGUUGUAUGAACAAAGAGACAAAUGGCGUUGAAGAUGGAGAACCAGUGAAGAAAUUCACACCGCCAGGUUUCAAGGAGUUCAGACCGGAUCAAGAAUUGAUUUUCCCGCCCUCGCUCACAAAACAUAAGUUCCAACCACUGGCGUUUGGAAACAAGCGGAAGAAGUGGUACAGACCCACUACAAUCCAACAACUUCUUGAGAUCAAGAAUGCUUUGCCCUCCGCGAAGAUCAUCGGAGGAAGCACGGAAACCCAGAUCGAAAUCAAGUUUAAAGCGAUGCAAUAUAGCGCUUCGGUAUUCGUCGGAGAUAUUCAAGAGCUACGUCAGUACAAAUUCGAAGAUGAUCACGUAUAUAUCGGCGCGAACAUCACUCUUACAGAUCUCGAAAUGGUCUGCAGACUUGCCGGCGAACACUAUGGCGCCACAAAAGCACAGCCCUUCGCCGCCAUGCUCAAGCAGUUACACUAUUUUGCAGGAAGACAGAUUAGGAAUGUCGGUACCCCCGCAGGCAACUUGGCCACUGCCAGUCCUAUUUCUGAUCUAAACCCAUGCUUUGUUGCAAGUAAUACCACAUUGAUUGCCAUGUCUUUGGAAGAAGGAGAAAUCGAGAUUCCGAUGACCCAGUUCUUCAAGGGAUACCGAACAACGGCUUUACCCCAGAAUGCAAUCAUCGCCGGAUUGAAAGUGCCUGUUGCGCAAGAAACGGGAGAAAUAUUCCAAGCAUUCAAGCAAGCUAAGAGAAAGGAUGAUGACAUCGCCAUCGUUAAUGCUGCGAUGAGGGUCAAAGUUGGUGAAGACAACAUUGUCGAGAACGUUAGUUUGGUAUACGGCGGUAUGGCGGCUAUUACUAUUGCCGCGAAAAAGACAAUGGAGUAUUUGAACGGCAAGACAUGGGGCGACCCAGAAGUUUUGGAAGGUGCCAUGGGAUCUUUAGAGGAGGAUUUCGACCUGAAAUUUGGGGUUCCUGGUGGUAUGGCCACCUACCGACGAGCAUUAGCUUUCGGAUUCUUCUAUAAGUUCUGGCACGAGUCGUUGCAUAAGCUGGAAAUCGGAACGGCGGAGGUUGAUACCGAAGCAACCGAGGAAAUUGUGAGGAACAUAUCGACAGGAACUCGAGAUCAAGACGCAGCGGUUGCGUAUGAACAAAGAGUCCUUGGCAAGGGUGUCCCGCAUGUUGCAGCUAUGAGACAAACCGUUGGAGAAGCACAGUACACCGAUGAUCUUCCGCAUCGAAAGAACGAAUUAUUCGGAUGCUUCGUGCUAUCUACGAAGGCACAUGCGAAGAUACUCAGUGUUGACGAAUCGCCAGCUCUAGACCUCCCUGGUGUAGUAAUGUAUAUCGACCAUCGCGACCUUCCCAACCCAGAGGCAAACUGGUGGGGUGCUCCAAUCUGCGAUGAAGUAUUUUUCGCCGUUGAUGAAGUAUUCACUACUGGCCAGCCAAUCGGUAUGAUUCUCGCGGAGAGUGCGAUCAAAGCUGCAGCAGGUGCCAGAGCCGUCAAAGUCGAAUAUGAAGAACUCCCAGCAGUUUUCUCUAUUGAAGAAGCCAUCGAAAAGGAGAGCUUCUACGAACAUUACCGCUAUAUCCAACGCGGAAUGCCAAUCGAGGAAGCUCUUGCAUCUGCCGACCGCGUGAUUGAAGGUAUUGCGCGAAUGGGUGGUCAAGAGCACUUUUACCUCGAAACGCAAGCCUGUGUUGCAAUUCCCAAACUGGAAGAUGGCGAAAUGGAGGUAUGGUCGUCGACACAGAACCCUACCGAGACACAAGCGUAUGCUGCUCAGAUUACUGGAGUAUCUGCGAAUAGGAUUGUCGCGAAGGUCAAGAGGUUAGGUGGUGGCUUUGGUGGAAAGGAAACAAGGUCGAUUCAAUUGUCUUCAAUCUGUGCCCUUGCAGCUCAAAAGUCAAGACGAACAGUUCGUUACAUGUUGAACCGAGAUGAGGAUAUGAUGACUUCUGGGCAAAGACAUCCUUUCCUUGGAAAAUGGAAAGUUGGUGUUAACAAUGACGGUAAAAUCGUAGCUCUUGAAGCCGACGUUUUUAACAAUGGUGGAUGGACGCAAGAUCUCAGCGGUGCAGUCCUGGAAAGAUCGUUAUCCCAUAUUGACGGAUGUUAUAACAUCCCCAACGUCCACGUAAGAGGCAGGAUUUGCAAAACGAACACUGUUUCAAACUCAGCUUUCAGAGGGUUUGGAGGACCUCAGGGAAUGUUUAUUGCCGAAACAUACAUGUCCGAGGUAGCCGAUGCCCUAGGCAUGGACGUCGACAAACUCCGAGAAAUCAACUUUUACCAGGAAGGUGAUGAGACACACUUCAACCAACCCUUGGAAGACUAUCAUAUCCCAAUGAUGGUAGAUCAAGUCAAACAGGAGUCGAAUUAUGAGGCUCGAAGGGAGGCAAUCGAAAAAUUCAAUGCUGAACAUAAGUGGAGAAAGAAGGGACUUGCGCUAGUUCCAACAAAGUUUGGUAUCAGCUUUACAGCAUUGUUCUUGAAUCAAGCGGGUGCUCUGGUACAUAUCUACCAUGAUGGCUCGAUCCUCGUUGCUCAUGGCGGAACGGAGAUGGGUCAAGGUCUGCACACAAAGAUGACAAUGGUUGCCGCUCAAGCAUUAGGGGUACCCUUAGAAAGCGUCUUGAUCAGUGAAACAGCGACAAAUACAGUCGCAAACACCUCGAGUACUGCCGCUUCCGCGUCUAGCGAUCUAAACGGUUACGCCGUCUGGAAUGCUUGUCAACAACUCAACGAACGGUUGCAGCCAUACAGAGAAAAGUUGGGAGAGAACGCCACAAUGAAGGAGUUAGCACACGCUGCAUACUUUGACCGUGUCAACCUUUCCGCCAAUGGGUUCUAUAAGACACCUAGAAUUGGUUAUAAAUGGGGUGAUAACUCUGGAAUGAUGUUCUUUUAUUUCACACAGGGAGUUGCGGCGGCCGAGGUUGAGAUUGAUACUUUGACUGGAGACUGGACGGUUCAUCAGGUUGAUCUGAAGAUGGAUGUGGGAAGAUCGAUUAACCCUGCUAUUGAUUACGGUCAAGUCGAGGGGGCCUUCGUUCAAGGCCAAGGGUUGUUCACAACCGAAGAGUCGUUAUGGCUACGAAACGGCCAAAUGUUCACUAGAGGCCCCGGAGCUUAUAAAAUCCCAGGUUUCCGUGAUAUCCCACAAGUCUUCAACGUUAGCAUGCUCAAAGAUGUCGAAUGGAAGAACCUCCAAACUAUUCAGAGGAGUAGAGGAGUUGGAGAACCACCAUUAUUCUUGGGAAGUUCAGUUUUCUUUGCCAUUAGGGAUGCAUUGAAGGCCGCAAGGAAGGACCAUGGGGUUGAGGAUGUAUUAAGUUUAGUAUCCCCGGCUACACCGGAGAGGAUUAGGAUCUCGGCAGCGGAUCCGAUUAUUAAGAGAGCUUUUGUUGCACCAAGGGAAGGUGAAGAGUCGUUUUUCAGGUACAUAUAA